GCGCGUAGUUGUGCCACACGCGGCUCAGAGUCGGUGAGUGUGUAAGCAUGUCUGGCAGAGGCAAGGGCGGGAAGGGGCUCGGCAAGGGGGGCGCCAAGCGCCACCGCAAGGUGCUGCGCGACAACAUCCAGGGCAUCACCAAGCCGGCCAUCCGCCGCCUGGCUCGGCGCGGCGGCGUCAAGCGCAUCUCGGGGCUCAUCUACGAGGAGACUCGCGGAGUGCUGAAGGUGUUCCUGGAGAACGUGAUCCGCGACGCUGUCACCUACACCGAGCACGCCAAGAGGAAGACCGUGACAGCCAUGGACGUGGUCUACGCCCUCAAGCGCCAGGGACGACGCGCCAGCACCUCUCUAUAUUGCCGGCGAGGCAGAACUGCUAUGGCGCGUACGAAGCAGACGGCGCGUAAGUCGACGGGCGGGAAGGCGCCCCGCAAGCAGCUGGCCACCAAGGCUGCCCGCAAGAGCGCGCCGGCCACCGGCGGCGUGAAGAAGCCGCACCGCUACCGGCCCGGCACGGUGGCGCUGCGCGAGAUCCGGCGCUACCAGAAGUCGACGGAGCUGCUGAUCCGCAAGCUGCCCUUCCAGCGCCUGGUGCGCGAGAUCGCGCAGGACUUCAAGACCGACCUGCGCUUCCAGAGCUCGGCCGUCAUGGCGCUGCAGGAGGCCAGCGAGGCCUACCUGGUGGGGCUGUUCGAGGACACCAACCUGUGCGCCAUCCACGCCAAGCGCGUCACCAUCAUGCCCAAGGACAUCCAGCUGGCCCGCCGCAUCCGCGGUGAGCGUGCUCGGCGAAAGCGCCUUGGCCGCUGUCUCGCCGGAAACCCGGGAGGAGCCGCGCGGGGGCCGCCCGAGGACCGUGGGCAGGGGAAAGGGCGGAGACUGCGUCCCAGGCUCCGCCUCCCGCCGCCCACCUCCUGCCGCAGUCCUCAACCAGGUCGGCUCCCGCGAAAUAUACCGCGGCUCCGCGGCACUAGCAGCGUGUGGUGUGGGGUUACGGAGAGCGGAGUCAUGUCUGGCAGAGGCAAGGGCGGGAAGGGGCUCGGCAAAGGCGGCGCCAAGCGCCACCGCAAAGUGCUGCGCGACAACAUCCAGGGCAUCACCAAGCCGGCCAUCCGCCGCCUGGCUCGGCGCGGCGGCGUCAAGCGCAUCUCGGGGCUCAUCUACGAGGAGACUCGCGGAGUGCUGAAGGUGUUCCUGGAGAACGUGAUCCGCGACGCUGUCACCUACACCGAGCACGCCAAGAGGAAGACCGUGACAGCCAUGGACGUGGUCUACGCCCUCAAGCGCCAGGGCCGCACUCUCUAUGGCUUCGGCGGUUAAACUCAAAUCGCAAACAUUGUAUUGUUAAAACACAAAGGCUCUUUUCAGAGCCACCCACAAAAUUCACAACGAGAGCUGUGCAUGAUUGAAUUAUUGAAAUUAAAUCUUGAGUACUGUCUAAUAUAAUAGUUUGAAGUUACAUAGCUAAUAACUUAAAGGUGCUACAUGAAAAAAUGUUGCUGAACGGCCUUAAAGUACUAAAAGAUGGAGUA